AUGGGAACAACAAAAGAUGACAUGGACCGUAUUGGUCUAUUCAAAGAAAUGGAAUAUGUUACGAUUAAAGAUCCAUAUAAAGAAGCUGCCAAAGUUAAUUUCAAUGAAGCAGCUUACAAGAAUAAACAGAUGAUGUCUAAAAGCUCAAAAGAACGAUCAACAGGAUCCAUGGCUGGAUAUUUUGAUACGGAAUUUAAAAUUAUACCCGGUUCAUAUAUUGAUCCAAUAUCAAUGCGUCGUAAAGCUCGUCUUGAAGAAAAGAAGAAAAAUAUUGUUACAAAGCCAUUUGUUAGCAUGUAUCGAGCCCGAAGUCCAGAAGGAUUAGGUUCAUUCUAUGGAACAAUAGGUGGUCCUAUAAAAGAUACUGAUCCAACAAAAUCAAAAUAUCGUGAACGAACAAAGCCACCAUCAGAAAAAGCGAAUUGUAAAAUUAUUCCACCAAAACAAGGAACUGGUUAUGGUUAUCCAAAUUUAGGUAUUGAUAAAGAUCCUCCAUAUACAUAUAAAGAUAAAGUAGAUAAAUAUGAUGCAUUACUAGAAGCUCAACGAAAAGAUUAUACUCAACAUAAAUCAGCAUUGAAAGCUGGUGUAUUUAAAUUAAAUAUGCAUCCAAAAGAAUAUUUUGAUCGUAAUCCAUUUGGUGGUGAUGGUAAAGGAAUUAAAAGUCAUGAUGAAGAAAAACAGCGUUCAAGUUCAGCACCAACUGGUAAAAAAACAUUUAAAUUUAGUUCACCAGGAAAAUCGCUUGGUGGAAAUAAAGAUGGUUGUUUUGAUAAAUUUCCUAAACGUAGUGAAAAAGAUCCAUACGUUAUUGGUUCAAUUUAUUCUCAAGUUAAAAAUAUUGUUAAUAAACAAGGAAAAACAUAUUAUCCAAAUAAAUUUCCUAAAACACGUCCUACAGAUUCAGUUAUUAAUAAAAAUGUUAAAAUACAAAUUACACGUGAAAAUUAUAAACAAGCAUUAUCAAAUUAUUCAGGAUUUCAAUUGCCACAACCAAGAUUAUAUGCGUCUGCUCAUUAG